UGUGAACUGUAUAUGCCAAUAAAAAAAUCCUGCGCGAUCUACGUGAUUGAGUGAUAAAACUAAAGCAUUGUUUUUCUUUCUGUGUUUGAAGUAGCAUAAUAGUGAUUUAGUUGUCCCUUUCACGUUCCGUCUUUUUGGUGUAAUGGAAAACUUUCAAAGAGAUGGGCGAGAACCACAUGCAGAGCACGAUGUCUCGGAGCUCAAUCUUCAUAGCAGUGAGGAGGAGUAUAUUGGUUCCAGUGAAGAUGACGAGGACUUUAUCAUACCAGCAAAAUAUGUCAGAAUAACAACUGUUGCUGAAAUACUUGCCCACAGAAUCCAAAUCCCAAUAUCCAGCAGCUCAGAAGAAGUCAAACUUGAUCCACGGCUUGUCUCUGAACAUCUGUACAUGGGCUCAGACAUGGAAUUUAUUACACAACCUGCUGCUUCAUUAGAAGAAGGAAGGGUAUAUGAGCUACUUGCCCUUGUACAGUCAGGAAUUGUUACAUUCCCUGAGCAUAUUCUACCUCUUGUGCUUUACUCACCUCCUCUCAUCUCGGCUUUGAGAUCUGUGUUUAAUGACCUGAAAGUCAUUGCUUUGAUUCCUGCAAAACCAAAUUCCUCUACUGCUGAUCCAUCACUAGCCCAAUAUGGUACAACCGCAGAGGUUUAUGAAUAUAGUGGAUCAGAACCUGGGUUACGAAUAAAAACCAGAGUGAAGCAACGUUUUAAAGUCAUAGCUACAUGGAUUGAUGAAUAUGAAAACUUGAUGGCCAAAGUGCAAAUUCUACCAGAGAAAUCACUGAGUCCUAUGCAACCAUGGCUGUCUUCAAAAUUAAUUCAUCAGAGAACUUCUUUGUUGGAGAGAGCAGUUCAAGAUAAUUCUUGGACAAACUACCGCAAUUCCCUCGACACAAAAGUUUCUCCAUUGGCUGGUUGGGUGUUGCAGCAAUUUGAUUGUCAUUCUUUGGCCGCCCGAGUUCGUUUUCAAAUCAAGAAAUUAAUGGCCAUUGACGAUUCGAGUAUGGAACUUGUGCCUACAGAACCUCAUUCACUAUCCUUUUGGGCAGCUAACAAUCUUCUUAUGGACGACGAAGGUCGCUUGAAGCUCCUUGAAGAAGACAAUAUUAUAUAUCGCUUGAGGACAGUCUUGGAAUUGAUAAGCAAGCGCCAUGUGUUCUCUUGUUGCGUGUGUUCCGUGCCCAUUGCUGACCACACAGACGUUAUCCUCAUAUGCAGUCAGGGAACUAGUCUAUUCUUCAACAACCCCAGAACGGCACAAGUUCGUAAAGUCAUGACUUUCCGACAGGUUCAAAACAUUCGAGUCGUUUCUCGUCCGUCAGUCGAAUUUUCAUGGUUUCCUGGGUACGCUUGGUCACCUGGUGAAUGCUCCUCUUGCCGUAAUCACUUGGGCUGGUAUAUAACGUCUGCCGCAACAAAACAAAUGAAACCCAAAAACUUUUGGGUCUUAUGCAGUGAAUCUCUGCAAACAGAGACCAUAUCUAAGUCUUCUGAAAUUAAUGUCAAGAUGUUCUGAAGCUGCUUUCAAGUUCCUUUCCACACCUGUGGUUGUACAAACACGCGUGUAAAUGUUAAUUUACCUGUUCGUCCGAAAUGUAAAGAACAGAUUGUAUGGUGUGAGGGUUGUACAAAUUGUAUGUGUAAGACAAGAUACGAUAACAGGAUACAUUUUUAACGCCGUUAAUAUGCGGAAAAAAUAA